AUGUCAGUUAAAAUAUAUUUCUUAGUCAUCAUAUCUCCUGUACUAGUCUGGUCCUGUGGGUCUGAUGUAACAGGGACCUCCUCAACGACAGCAGAGUUUGGAAUAUCCUUUUUUGCGCCUCUCGCUUACACAUAUCCACCUCCAGACGUGGAUCUUGUACCCGGACAGUCUCUAACCAAGGACAUCGCCAACCGAAUAGUUCAAACAGACUUGGAUUUGGCGAUAGCAAAAGGUCUCACUGCUAAUCAAAUCUACUUAUAUAUCCCACCAACGUUGAAUUUUACAUUUACCCACCCAGUGUACAAAUCGUCGAUGGAGAAGUUUGCCAGACUGAUGGAACAUAUAUCGCAAUGUCUGGUUGCCACUGUUACAUCUACCAUUUCCUCAGUUACAGCUACCAUUUCCACAGGGGAUACAAACGGAGAACCAGAAAACUUCAAUGCCCUUCCAAGACGACGUGCGACAUCUGGAGUCAAAGCUCGUCCGUUUGUCCAAUCCAUGACAGUAAUAGCCACGGCUAGUCAACCACUGUACAAGAAUCAAUGGAAGAGUAUUGGAAGAUCUGUGCAACAAGCUCUAGAGGAUAAGAAACUAUUGUUUAAUGAUGAAAUUUCCGUAGUUUUGUUGUAA